AUGAAUGGUAGAGACCGUCCCCGCGGGCCUCCGCUGGGGCCUCCGCCAAAUCGCGGCCCUGGUCCGCAAUCCGACGCAACCACCAGCCCCAGCACCAAUUCAAAAGGGGCCGCUUUUGAGGACGAGAAGGCGCGCAUCAUCAAAAGCUGCUUCACGAAAAAGGACGAAGAGGGGCAAUUACUCGAGUCCUACAUUACCCACGUCCGGAUCACUGAAGAUGGAAAUAAUCCAUCCAGCCCUUUCCCUCCGAAUGGGCCCCAGGACGGCAAGAAACCUCGAAUAAUCAUGAUAUCUGUGCGGAAGUCGGGCCGAGUCCGUGUGCACAAGGCUCGAGAGAAUUCCGAGGGCACCUUCUCCAUUGGCAAGACCUGGAUGCUCGAAGAUCUAUCGGCAGUUCAAUCAUAUGCCUCUUUCGUGCCGAGAACACAGGGCGAACAACAGCAGAAGGAAUGGGCUGGCACUUGUGGUUUCACCGUUACGAUUGGAAAACCAUACUACUGGCUUGCGAGGACUGCUAAAGAGAAGGAAUACUUCAUCGGCAGCAUGGUCAAGAUCUAUAGGAAAUACACCAAUGGGAAUAUGCCCACUCUGAUCGGAUUCGAUGAUGCAGAGCGACAAAUGCUGGCAAGGCACGGGCAACCACAGGGCAGGCCCCCGGGGCCUUCAGGACCCCCAGGACACCCGAGCGGCCCUCCGCCCAGAGGACCGGGCCCAAUGCCUCCGGGGGGGCAGACACCGUCUUAUCGAGGCCGUGAAAUAAGUCGCGAUGCCCCUCCGGAAAUCAAGAGAAAGCCCUCUGAUGAUCCCAGUGCACGGGCUCGCAGCCGUGAUCAGACGUCCCGGCCUUCUACUGGCUCGCGACCAUCUACCGGGCAUGGCAAACCGGCUCCCUCUCCUUUCGACCUUCACAAACCACCAACCCCCGCCUCGCUAUCCUCUGGUCCACCGGAGCAACCUCCCCCGCGCGCACCUGAACGUAUUGCUGCGAACACAAAAACACCUACCUCCCUACCAGAUUCAAGGAGCAAAGAUCAACCUCUUGCUAUUUCUACAACCCUAGACACUAGCUCUGGCGGUGUUCCAGAUGGCCUUCGGCCAGGAUCUUCUCGCAGUCAAGACCGUGGCCCUAAACCCCCGGUUCUUAUCCCCCAACCAGGUCCAAACAGAGGGCCAGACUACAUGCGCAGCACCGAUGGGCUCCGCCCAACCACAGCUGGCUCAUCCAACAGUGAUAUUAGGGAAACAAGCCCACGUACAGCGCCUAGCUAUGGCCCCAAAUCGGUCCAGCGUGACGCUGUUGAAAAAGCAUCUGGCUUCACUCCACCGCCUCUGCCCCAGGAAAGAAGCAUGCCCGACAGCCUGUCCGCUGGAGGUCCAGCACAUCCCCGAGAGCCAAGUUCUUCACCGGGUAUCGAGGGAUUGGAAGCAGAGCCUGCUGCCAUGUUCGCUGCUAAUAUGCCAGCAGAAGACUUUGCGCAAUCUCGCGAUGCGACUCCCACUACAGAAACUCGUGAGACUCCUUCCGUGGACGUCUCCUCUCCACCUGAGCCCCCAUCACAGGCUCCUCCGGCGCAAGUUGAGGAAGCGGGUGAGUUUGAGCCUCAUCGUCCUGGACUUGGGCCUAUGGUCAAGAAGAAGGCUGGGAAAGACAUUGCAGGCGCAUGGAAAAAGGCUGCCACUGCUGCUGGCGCAUUCAAGCCUCGGGCCGGUGGAGCCGGUGAACGACUGCUGCAAGCCGCCAAAAAGCAACAGGCCGAUGACCUUGGGCCCGAUGGCAUCACCGGCGUCGUGCCUGCGCCUUCUCUGACUCGAUCAGCGACGGAUCCCCCACAAAGUCCUGUCGCCACAAAGUCUGAUCAAGAUCUCCAACUACCGACUCCAACAGUCGCACCUUCGCCAGCACCCCCGCCUGCGGCCAUACCUAUCCCACCUUCAGGGCCGGAAACACCCACCGUCGAAAUCACCGAGCCAGCCCUUGAGGACAAGAACGUGGCACCUAUGGAAACUCCCGAAAUCUCACAGGAGAAUCUCACAGAUGUUGUCGUCAAGGUUGAAGAUCGCUCUAGGACACCUUCCCCAGCGGCUCAAGGACGGCGGCGGAGACACCGUGAAGAUCAUACAAUGAAAUACUGCCAAGCCCUCGGCAUUGAUCCUCGUGUCCUCGAUGGGCGUGGGAUUGAUUUCGACGACAUUCUUACUGAUUUGGGAUGGAAUGGAAGAUUGGCAGAUGAACAGAAAAUCGAAGAUCUUGAAGCAGAUGUUCGCCGUGAAAUCGGCCGUGUCGAAGCAACCAGCUGGCUUGGAAACCUCGAACAGCAAGAAGGAAAGGUCGAACAACUCGCGAGCUUGAUUGAUCGAACAAUUGAGGAGUGCGAUGAGCUGGAUGGUCUAUUAACCCUAUACUCUCAUGAGUUGAACACUCUUCAUGAAGAUGUCGCCUACAUUGAAGCUCAGGGCCAGGGUCUGCAAGUUCAAACGGCAAACCAGAAGCUACUCCAAAACGAACUGCAGAAUCUGCUGAAGACGCUAUCGAUCUCUACUUCCGAACUUGGUCCCCUCAAGGAGGCAUCUUUGAGCAACCCUGACGGACUCAGGGACACCGAGAGCGCCCUUUCGACGCUGUACAAGGCCAUGCUCAUGAUUGACUCUGACAUUGGACAGAACAAAAAACGCCAAGUCGAUGCAAGUGUCGGUGUAUACGCUGAUACCGAAAUUGGCCAGAUGCGCGCGAUCAAGCAAAAGAAGGAAGAAUAUCGCUCAACUGCAAUCUUGUUCCUCAACCGACUGAAGCAAUUCAUGGCUCUCGCUUUCAAAAUGGCGGAGCAGAAACGCGCGGAUGCUGCAGCCAGCGGUGCGAAGGACCAGAUGAAGUUAGAUACUGCUGCGCGAGGACAUUUCCGUCAAGAGGUUUGGCGGUACAAUGCCAUCAUGCUUUUCGCCAAGGAAGUCAGUAUGGCCGAGUGGCACAGCCUUGUCGGACUUUACGAACAGCAGUCCAAACCUUCAUACCAGGCUGACUUCCGGGACAACAAUGCCGCUUGGAAGAAAACCGCCCGCAAACCAACUGGAGAUGAGCAGGAACUCCUCUUCACCCAUCAAGAGAAGGAGAAAGAGGCCGAAGGUCUUACCAUGGCCGCUCGGAAGCUCACCGUACGACGAGGCAAGACCGUCCGGGCUGCGGCCGGACUUCGGCUUGCUUCAGGCGGAGAGAAGAAGCAAGGACGAGUCGAGCCAUCCGAGGCUUUCUCUGGCACGUUGCGGGAGACAUUGAAGAUGAUGGCCCAGGAGCAAAACUUCGUCAUUCAAUAUUUCCAUCUCAAUUCUCUGGCUAGUGCUGAGUUCACUGAUCUCGUCGCCUCGGCCAUCCCCGAAAACCGUAACUGCCCCGACUUCUCUGAUAACCAGCCCCACGAUCCCGAUCGCAGCAUGGCAAAGAGAGUUGAACAGAUUAUGGAUGAGAUCUAUUCGUUCUGGCCCAAUGACAUGCAAAGCAUGGUGGACUGGGCCAUGGCCGCCGACCCUUUGCAAGGCAUUGGAAUCCUCCACGCCCUUGAGACUUCGAUGGCCGACUUUGAUGACACCAAUCAAGAGUUCAUCCUUCAUUCCCUGCAAAAGAUCCACUCCCGCCUCAUGGGUUUGUUCAACCGCUUUGUGGACGAGCAGAUCCGUGGCAUCGAAGACACCAAGGUCAAAAUCAACAAGCGAAAGGGCGUCAUCUCCUUCAUGCGAGUGUUCCCUAACUUCUCCAACGCCGUGGAAAGUAUGCUCGCUUCCCCCUCGGGCUCUUUCUGUGACAUCCGCAUCAGUGUUAAUGACGCGUACGACCGCAUCAACCGUGCCAUGUGGGAGUCCCUCAAGUUUAUCGCCAAGGAAGCACCGGGUCAACCGCCGGCUGUCGCUGCCGGCGCCGGCGACCCGGAGGACAAGGAGAUUCUCAACUACCACAUCCUCCUCAUCGAGAACAUGAACCACUACAUUGAAGAAGUGGACGUGCAUAACAUCCCUGCCCUGGAGCGCUGGGUCGACCGUGCUCACCAGGACUUCCAAGAACACAUGAAGCUCUAUCAGGACUCGGUGAUCCACCGACCGCUGGGCAAAUUGAUCGAUUUCGUCCAGAGCGUCGAGAACCUCCUUGCGGCGGGCGGCACUCCGCCCGAUGUGGCGGCCCGGGCUAGCCAUUCCCGGGUCGUGGCGAAAAAGGUCUUCUCCUCGUACGACAACAAGGAAGUCCGUCGUGGAAUUGAAAUGCUCAAGAAGCGCGUGGAGAAACAUUUCGGUGACGCAGACGAUCCAGGUCUUAGUCGCAGUCUGGUUCUCAAGGUUUUGCGGGAGUGUGAGAAUCGUUACGAGCAGACGUACGAUCGGACGAAACACAUUAUUGAUACGGUCUACGAAGGACAGUUGGAUCUGGACUGGCGCAAGGAAGAUACCCUUAGCAUGUUCCGGAAAUGA